AUCUUAAUGCGCUUGUACGUGUAUCUCGACAUGUCUCCCAUAAGGUACCUACCUUACCCAUAUCUGGGCAGAUCUCCGUGAUGAGGCUUCAUGCUUCAUCUACACGUGCAAAUCUAGGAACACCAACCGACACCGCACUCCGUACACUACAACCUACAGCCCUCUCGGAAACGAAACCCGAACUAUGUGAACGCGCAUUGCAAGCUAUCGAUGAUGAAGCUCCCUUCGCAGACACAUCUUAUUGUCUUACAUGGAGAACACGCAGAAGACUCGCGUGGAGCCCAAGGCCUCAUUCCUCCAGUGUGAGGGGCAAAGAUAGAUUCGUCAAACCAGCGAGACCAGCCGCAGCCGCCCCUCUUCUGGUUCCUGUCCUACGACCUUCCCGUUCCGGUGAUCAGCUAGAGGCACACACAAGCCCAUGGACCAGUCGAGUCAGCAUCCACCAUGCGGGCCUCAACGGGAACCAUGUCAGGGCGGCUGACACCUUACUCAAACAGGCAGCUGGCCGAAGCAGUAACCAUCUGCUGCCGAUCGCGACCCCAGAACUUUUGUUCCUUUUGUUCUUUUUUUUUUUGUCUGUUAAUUUGUGGCUUGGGGGAUUGGGGUUUGCCGCCUGGCUUCUGAUCACGGCAUCCAUGCGAUCACCUGCGCAACUACCCCUAUUCGACCGCUUUUUCUGGUCGCCUCGGUUGUCCCCAUUGUGCUUGCUAGUGCUGUCGCGAUAACGAUUGGUGCGCAGUCGUCGGAUUGGCACGAGUCGGGUCGGUCACCCUGUCGUUCGAUAGCUCUUCCAUCACCCUGUACGUGUACCGUUGUAUGGGCCCAGGGGUCAGUCACAGCUCCCCCAGCUCCCCAGCUCCCCAGCUCCCCAGCUUCCCAGCCCCAAACCCACAUGUCUUACCAGGGCCGUAGUCGGCGGUGGCACAAUACAAAUUGACCCUUGA